AUGGACGGAGCGGAGCACCUCGGGAGCGGCAUCAUGAGCCUCAGCCUUCGGGCCCUCAUCCUGUAUGGAAGCCACUGGACAAACGGCAGAAAUGGCACCAUGGCCGAAGUAACCGAUCAUGCGGGCAAAAUGCCCACUGGGUCCUCCGAGCAGAAGCUUGGCCUUGGUGAACCAGCUGCUGCUCCUCCCCGAGGCUGCACCCCCCUCUCCCUGUAA